AUGUGCCCAUGUUUUAGACCCAUUGACACAAAAAUAGUGUUGGACCCGUCUGUUUUUGGCUUGUCAUCAGCAAGAGAAUCCUCGACUGCAACACCACAACCCUUGUUAACAUCAUCUCCACUUCAUACACUUUCAACAUCAGAUACAGACAUAUCAAUGAAUUCAACAGGACUUAAUCUUCCACCACCACCACCAUCAUCAUCACUUAGAAAUAUUUUGUUCAACAUGGGCAUGCGAAAAACAAAUCGUUUUGAACAUGGUUCAUAG